AUGGCUGAUCUUAAGUGCAGGGCGAAGGGCAGCCCCAAAGGCGAUAAUGUCUCCGCAAGGGUGGCCCUUCUGUUCAAGGAGGUUCUUCCAUGGGAGCUCAGUUAUGAAGCUGCCCAAAGCACGAGCCUCUCUCGUCCGAUUUUUUCGGCAGAGGGGUUUUGGAACGCCUCCAGCGGACAGCUCUGCAUGGUGGCUUGCGCCGGCGUGGAUCCCUCGAGGUGCAACCUCCGCAUCUGCCUGUAUAUGCCGACGUCUUUCUCCCUUACCCAGAGAAACGCCGUAGUAGGGAGCAUCUUCCGCAUCAGCGAGAGUGGGGACCUUUCUACUUUCGCUCUGUUGUUCGGACGGGCCAUAAAAGCCGGUCAAGACAUUGAUGACGGUAGAGAACUGCCCCCUUUGCUCGUUGAAUCCGGGCUGUCGUAUGAGUACUCAAAGACCAAGAAGGCCGCUGACUUCCCCCAUAUCGACGAGGCCUUCAGCAACGGUGGUGAUAUGAACAGAGCUUUGCUCAAGUAUCCAAGGAUGAACGAAGGCGUUGACCUCUGCCGUGAUCUCAUGCUCUCCGUCUCUGCGUUGCCCGUCCAGGGGUCAGGUAGCAGUUCAGGGAGUGGAUAUUUUAGACUUCAAAUACUUACUCUGGGCUCCAAGUUUUGCGACUAUGGUCUCUAUCAGCCGUCAGGAAACUCGCCUGACAAACCUGCUCAAGCUGCCGCAUCAACUCUGAAUGUCUCAGCAGAGCUCGCGAUCACCAGGAAUCCUCGCAAGAAGUCCAUGAUGCUGUCCCUGGAGGGUCUGUACAGCCAGGCGACCGGAAAGAUGUACCUGGUCGGCUGCAGAGUUGCCCCUGUUCCGAGGAAAACAGUAUGUAACAUCACUGACUGGCAACAUCUGGAUUGUGAGAUUAAGGUUGAGAUCCAGUAUCCACCCACGACUCUCCGAGGGCUGACUAUGCCAACAGCCACAGUCUCGAUAGAAAGCAACCGACCUAAAGACAAAGAUCCCCUCUACUUCGAUCCAGUCAAACUACAGACAUCCGCAAUCAUGUACAGAAGUCAAAGUGAGGAGAUACUCUCCGACAGACAAGUGGAAGUGGUCCUCCGGAUUUCAACACUGUCAAUAGUCGCGGCUUGCAUACUGAGCCAGCUGCUUUAUGUCAAGCAAACAAGUGCCGAUGCCCCCUACGUAUCUCAUGUCAUGCUGGGCAUCCAAGCUCUUGGGUAUGGUCUUCCAUUGAUCACAGGGGCAGAUGCUCUCUUCACAACGCUAUCGCAAAGACACCAUGCGUCAUCAUAUCAAUACGAUCUCCAACGUGACGGGUCAUUCCAAAUUGCGGACUUUAUUGUGAAGUCCCUUGUACUGACGGCAUUUCUUCUCACUCUAAGGCUCUGGCAGAAAGUGUGGGAGUCGCGCAUCCGGUUACCAACAGGGGUGCCAAGUGAUAAGCGGGUGCUCGUGGUAUGCUUGAUCCUUCAUGCGGUUGGAUUUCUGGUCAUCCUUCUCACAAAUCCAAAUACCCAUCUUCAUGAGCCUACUGGAACAGACAUUUAUAAUAGUUCCCAAAGUCCGAGUCAUGGGAUUAAACAUUGGGGAGCCCGAUUGGAGCAGUAUGCAGGUCUGAUGCAAGAUUUCUUCCUACUUCCUCAGGUCGUCGGAAACAUAAUAUGGCAGAUCAAGUGCAGACCUCUGAGAAAAGGCUACUACCUGGGCAUAACCUUGAUUAGGCUUCUUCCCCAUGCUUACGACUACAUUAGAGCUCCGCUGAUGAACGCCUACUUUGACCAAGGGUAUGAGUUUGUGGACCCUGAUUUGGGAUUCUACUCCAGAACAGGGGAUGUUUUCAUACCAUUAGUUGGAGUUUUACUGGCAGUCGUGGUCUAUUUCCAGCAGAGAUGCGGCAGCCGUGGGGGAGCCAAAUGGAUGUCGUGGUUGGGCCUUGGUAGGCUUUGGUCUCCGGCGUCGGGAGGCUACGACAGGGUAG